AUGGGGAAAUCACAGUCAAAACUCUCGCAAGAGCAACUAGCCGAACUACAAAAGUCGACGCAUUUCGAUAAGAAGGAGCUACAGCAAUGGUACAAGGGCUUCCUCAAGGACUGCCCCUCAGGAACGCUCACAAAGGAGGAGUUUCAAAAGAUCUACCGACAAUUUUUCCCCUUCGGUGACCCGUCCUCAUUCGCAGACUAUGUCUUCAACGUGUUUGACAGCGACAAAUCGGGCACCAUUGACUUCAAGGAGUUCAUCGUAGCCCUGAGCGUGACCAGUCGCGGCAAGAUGGAGGACAAGCUUGACUGGGCUUUCCAGCUCUACGACAUUGACGGGGACGGCAAGAUCAGCUACGACGAGAUGCUGCAGAUCGUCGAGGCGAUCUACAAGAUGGUCGGCUCAAUGGUCAAGUUGCCUGAGGAUGAGGACACACCCGAGAAGCGCGUACGAAAGAUCUUUCGCAUGAUGGACAAGGAUGAGAACGGUAGUCUGGAUAUGCAGGAAUUCAAGGAGGGUAGCAAGAGGGAUGAGACCAUCGUGUCCGCCUUAUCUUUGUAUGACGGCUUGGUCUAA